AUGAGCAGUCACAAUAUCCCCAGCUACAAAUUGAACGACGGCAAUGAGAUCCCAGUGCUUGCAUUUGGAUUGGGAACGGCCCUGUUCAAGAAAGACUCUAAAACCGGACUUGACCAGCAUGUAGUUGACAUCACAACCAAGGCUAUCAAGGCCGGAUAUCGUCAUCUUGAUGGUGCCGAGGUCUACGGAAAUGAGGAAGAGCUUGGACAAGCCAUCAAGGCAGGUGGUGUUCCCCGCGAACAGCUUUAUGUCACCACAAAGAUCCCUGCCGAGAAGAAGGGUUCUGCCAUUGACGCCUUUGACGUUUCCCUCAAGAAGCUUGGUCUCGAGUACGUGGACCUCUACCUGAUCCACGGCCCCUGGGAGUCUGGAAGGGCCAAGUCCAUCGGCGUGUCCAACUUCUUGCAGGUGCACCUGGAGCCCAUCCUGAAGACAGCCAAGGUCAAGCCUGCCAUUAACCAGAUCGAGUACCACCCUUAUCUUCAACAUGGUAAUCUCCUCGAUUUUCACAAGAAGCACAACAUUGCCGUGUCUGCUUACGGCCCCCUUACCCCUAUUGUCACAGCCAAGGGUGGACCUGUCGACCCCCUCUACACAAAGUUGGCCGAGAAGUACGGCGUGACAGAGUCUGAGGUCGGUCUCCGAUGGGUUAUUGAUCAGGACAUCAUUGCUCUCACCACAAGCAACAAGGUCGAGAGACUUGAUGGCUACCUGUCCAAGAUUCCCAAGUUUAAGCUGACUCAGGAUGAGAUUGCCGAGAUCUCCAAGCUCGGUGCAGAAAAACACUUCCGAGGAUUCUGGAGGAACAAGUUCGAUGAAAACGAUAGAUCGUGA